UGGAAAAAACUGUAAGACUACACCCGAUUGACAGCAAACCUAGAAGGUUGACAGGUGUACUGAUGAUUUCAAGUGUAAAUACAGAUGAAAUUAAGUCAGUGUCAGUGACGGAGGGCGAAUCUGUCGUCUUAAACACCGAUCUUACUGAAAUACUGAAAGAUGAUCUGAUACUGUGGACAUAUGGAGCUAAAAGCAUUCACUUGGCUAAAAUCAACAGAUUGCAGAAAGAGAUCUUUCAGGACGGUGGUGUUGAAAGAUUUGAAGAAAGACUAAAGCUGAACGAUCAGACUGGAGAUCUCGCCAUCACAAACAUCAGCACAGAUCUCUCGGGACUUUAUCGAACAGAAAUCAUCACUGGAAAUAAAGUUUUAAAGAAGAACUUUUCUCUUACUGUCUAUGCUCAUCUGCCCGUUCCUGUCAUCUCCAGAUACUCAUCACAUUGUUCUUCAUCAUCAGAAAUAUCAAACUGUUCAUUAUUGUGUUCAGUGUUAAAUGUGAGAGAUGUGAUUCUGUCCUGGUACAAAGGAAACAGUUUAUUGUCUAGCAUCAGCGUGUAUAACAUUAAAUCAUCCGCAUCUCUUCAUCUGGAGGUGGAAAAUCAGGACAACACCACAUACAGCUGUGUGCUGAACAAUCCCAUCACAAACCAAACUCAACAUCCUAACAUCACUCAUCUCUGUCAGACAAUUUCAGAAUCAGAAUCAGAAUCUGAAUAUGUCCAUUACUUUGGUGUACCUGAAGCGAUAACCCGAUUGGCUGUGGCAGCUCUGGUGGGCGUGGCUGCUGUUGCUGUGGUGAUUUAUGACAUCAUAUCUAGCAUGUAAGAAUUUUUGAUGAUGAGUCGAUAGAGAGCAUAUAUGUUUCUUUAUACUUUGUUUUUGUCCUCUAUGCCAAAUGCUAUUGUAAAAUUGUAAUUUAAUAUCAGUAGUGUGUUUAUUGAAUAAAUUAAAUUAUGUUUGAGGCAAUGUUUAAACUUUAAUUAAUAUAAAUGCUAACAAAUGCUUUGUACUCCUAGUUAAAAUGACAUGUAUUAUUGUAGAAAAGAGUGUUUUAAGUGAUAUGAUUGUCUAUAGGAGCUUCUUUUAUAUUUACUGAUGUUAAUGUGUAAAUCGUGUAGAUCUUAAGAACAUUUAGCAGCUUUCAAACAGCAAUCUCAGCUCAUUCUCAAUUUCCCUUUUUGGCAGCUAAGGAAGCAAAACUGUGACCAUUUUGGAGAAGUAAAAGCUUCAAAAACAUUUGAUGGGUAGUUCUUCCUCUUUGAAAGUGUUUUAUGUGUUUUGUAAUGUGUUAAAUAAAUCUGAUGUGGUUUGAGUGACAUGCUGUGUGUAUGUCUAUGAUUGAGUAUACAUGUAUUGUGUGAAGGGUUUCUUUUCCAUUCCAUUACUAACCAAGUCAAGCGGGACGCUGGUUUCAAGACGCGUUUUAUGAUUGAUGACUUGGAUGGAUAAGUUGCUUCUUUCUCAGUAGGACAUAAUUAUGCUUAAGUGUGUUAACCACAAGCUUCAACGAAUGUUUCUGUGAACCUCAGACAUAAUUUUUCCAACCCCAAGAAAGCCAGAGGUAUCAGGCGUGAAUCUUAAAAACACUCUCUGUCAAAACCAAUUUUUUUUUUUAAAUUCAGUGAUUAUUUCUUGCAGUAUUAUAUACGUUGCAUAUUGCAGUAUUUUAAGCUACAUAUACUGAACCCUGUUAUAAAGCACAAAGGCGUCAGGAGUGCAAGUGCAACACGUGCAUGCACAGAAAACUGUGCAUUACUGCAAAGCUCAAGAGAGAGUGGACGGACGAAACCACAACAACAUCAGCAGCGACAAAGAUUUAAGGACAGCUGUGACCUGUGUUAAUAACACAUUAUCACUGUAUCUCCAAUAUGAAGAUGUCUCUUGAGUUUGUUUUCUGCUGUUUGUACUUCACUGGUGUGUUUGGUGAUGAAGUGAAGUCUGUGUCAGGAAUUGAGGGCGAUAAUCUUACUCUACCCACUGGACUUACUGAAUUACAGACAGGUCAUCAGAUAGAGUGGAGGUUUGGACCUCUGGGGAUUCCCAUAGGUCAUAUAGGUGUCGAUGAUAAUAAUGAUCUAAAAUUCUCUAUAAACGGCAAUGAUAAGAGAUUCAAAGACAUAAUGACUUUAGACUAUAAAUCCGGAAAUCUCAACAUCACAUCCCUGACAACUGAACACACUGGACUUUAUAAUUUACAGAUCUACAGUGGUGGUAAAGACUUAGAUAAAAAGCGAUUCAGCGUUACUGUCUAUGCUCGUCUGCCUGUUCCUGUCAUCCGAAGACACUGCCCACAAACUCCAUCACCAGAAGAAACAUUAAGUUCAAACUGUUCAAUAUUGUGUUCAGUGAUGAAUGUGAGUGAUGUGAGUCUGUCCUGGUACAAAGGAAACAGUUUAUUGUCCAGCAUCAGUGUGUCUGAUCUCAACAACAACAGCAUCUCUCUACCUCUGGAGGUUGAAUAUCAGGAUACAAACACAUACAGCUGUGUACUCAACAAUACCAUCACAAACCAAACUCAACAUCUCAACAUCAAUGAAGUCUGUCAUCCAGGUUCAGCUUGUCUGCCCGUCCCUGUCAUCAGCAGAGUUUCUCCACAAUGUUCAUCAUCAUCAUCAAAUUGUUCAUUGAUGUGUUCAGUGUUGAAUGUGAGAGAUGUGAGUCUGUCCUGGUACAAAGGAAACAGUUUAUUGUCCAGCAUCAGUGUGUCUGAUCUCAACAACAUCAUCUCUCUACAUCUGGCGGUGGAUUAUCAGGAUACAAACACAUACAGCUGUGUACUCAACAAUACCAUUAGGAAUCAGACUCAACAUCUCAACAUCAAUGAAGUCUGUCAGCCGUGUUCAGAUAGUGUCCACUGUUGUGGUUUCAACGAAGCUGUGAUCCGAUUGGUCGCCUCUGUUCUGGUGGGCGUGGCUACUGUUGCUCUUCUGGUUUAUGACAUCAGAUCCAGAAGAGAUGAACAGAAGAGAUCACAGACAAUGAUAAAUCUGGUCACACGCACAAGUCACUGAGGAAGUCAAUCAAACAGUAAAUCUGUAGUGAAUGUGUGUAGAUCAGAAAACAUUUCUUUAAUAAUAGUAGUGCUUACUGUUUUGAAAGGCCCUUUGAAAGGGUUAAGACAUUUUUCUAGUUUAUUUCUUAUCAUCUCAUUGUGUUAUCUAAGACGGAAGUCACUUAUCACUUUAAUCUUAACUAUUGUUUUGUAUUGUUAAAUAUACAACUAUAAAAUCUGACUCACAUUUAUUUUAAUUACUUUUAUAUUCUAAAGUCUUUUAUUCCUUAUAUAGGGGGUGUUGUAUGUAGACAUUGAUUUAUAUUUAGGAUUAGCCUGUGUGGUUAUUUGAUUUUUACUUUGUCUUCACCCAUUGUAAGAGAGAUCAAAGUGCUGACUGCAACAGUUGAUUACCAAUAGAAAAAUAGAAAAA